AUGAUGCGAGUUCUAAAGGACUUGUAUGAGGAUUAUACAAAACCCUAUGGUCUGGGUGGUGUACAGACGCUGUUAAAAGCCGCACGCGCGCGAUUAGGCAGGGAUAAUAUAACACAGUCAGAUGUGAAAAGAGCUUUGUCAUCGCAACGCGUGUAUACACUUCACAAACAUACUCGCAAAAAAUUCCCUCGCCGUCAAAUAAUGGCUGUUAGACCUCGCAAAAUCUUAACGUGUGAUCUAGCGGACAUGCGAAACUUGUCGAAACAAAACGGUAAAACAUCCUAUUUGCUUGUAUGCGUAGAUGUGUUUAGCCGUUAUAUGCAAGUAAGACCGUUAAAGAAUAAAAACAAGACAGAGGUUGCGCAAGCGCUGCGAUCAAUUUUAAACACCGGCGAUGCUAAAGGUUUAACUCACCUCUUUACCGACGCAGGGCGAGAGUUUGUAAAUAAUACAGUGAAUGGCUUACUGCGCGAACGAAAUAUGCGAUGGUAUACAACGCAUUCGAAAGAAAUAAAAGCGAGUAUUGCAGAGAGACACAUCAGAACCCUUAAGGAACGCAUUUAUAAGUAUUUAACCUUAAAAAAUACGUUGAGGUAUAUCGAUGUUCUCCCAGACAUUGUGUCGGCAUAUAAUGAGCGCGCGCACGCGGGUUUGAAAGGCGCUACACCUCUGGAUGUUCACCGACACUACACGCGGGCGCAGUGGCAUCACCUCUUUCGUGCUAUGUAUGCCCGCUCAUUGAAUGCACCUAUAAAAAAAGGUCGAUCAGCUGCUACCAAUCAGAAUAUAAAGGUAGGGGACACCGUGCGCAUCGCAGCGCGUUCUCAUACCGACGCAUUUCGCAAGGGUUAUGAAAUACAAAAUACGGAGGAGAUAUUUAAAAUUCGACAGGUUGACAAACGCCAGAACAGAGACGGGUAUUAUCUGGAAGAUCUGAGCGGUGAAGAAGUGCAGGGAUUGUUUUACCGCGAGGAGCUCGUACCAACAUCUCUGCCUGGUUUUUACCCGUACAAGGUCUUAUCAUCACGCUGGAAUAGAGCUAAAAAGCAGAGAGAAUACCUCGUUCGCUGGGUUGGUUAUCCUGAUAAAUUCAAUUCUUAUAUUACGAUUGAUGACAUGCAGCCCUCGCCAUGA